GCGAUUGUUCCAUCCAAAUGUGAACGGUGAAGGGGGCAUCUGCCUCGAUAUUUUGAACGAUCCGACGCUUUGGUCGCCGGCAAUUGGCUUAGAGAAGCUGCUUGUCAGCGUGGCAUCGUUGCUGAGCGAACCUCGAGUAGAGCACGGCUUGAAUGACGAGGCUCUGGCCUUGCUGCGCUCCGAGCCAGAAGCCUUCAAUAAGCGCGCGCGGGCGCGGGCGCGUGUGGGGUUGGCCGCCGACGCCGAGUCGGAGCCAACCUUCCCUGCGGUCCCUGCGCCGGGAGUUCCUGGCCCUCUGCCUGCGACCGCGGCCGGUGUGCUACCAGGAGCUGCAGAGGGGCCCCAGCCGCCUCUAAAGAUCGGGAUGCAUCGCAUGGGAUCUGCUGGGAAUGGUGGCAUCCGGAAGGAGCUGGGUGUCGACCGAGCAGGCGAGCCACCACCAACAAGCCGAGCCUUGGACAAAGGAGGUGAUUGGCAGAUGGGGAACGACGAUGAUUGCAGUGCUGACAAGUCUCCUUUGUGGAUCUUGAACAAGGCCAAGAAUCACAUCGGCUAUGGCUUCGACGGACGGGUGAAUCCUGGCGAGGUGCAGGUUUCCGCGGUGUCCGGCGAUACUCCCGACUGGUUCGUCGGACCCAGGACCUUCGAAGGCCCCUUCCACUGCAAAUCCGUUCCAGUCCGGCGAUGCCCAGACGUCCACUUCAGACCAGAUGGCAAGAUGCUCUACACCGUGAAGACCUAUCAUCAGGGUGGCUUCCUCGACACCAGCGAGGUGCACCAAGUGAUCGACACCAAAGGCCGACCUUGA